UACAUACAAGCGUGAUUAAAACUAUGGCUUAUUAUUAUACUUGCAAUUUUCCUGAUAUUUACUCUUGGAUUCACAACUUACCACCAAUUUCUAAAUGGAAAACAGACUCUAUUUCAAUUUGCAUUUCUCCUUCAUGUUCAUCUCAACCUUCCCUCAAACUCUCCAUAGCUAAAAAUUACCAUUUUUCCAUCGUCGCAGAUUAUAAUCUUCCUAUUUCCCUAUGGACCUCAAAACCGUUAAGAAUCAAACACAAUACAACAAAAUUAUUAGACGACGAAUCAGUAUUCAAUCUCUUGAUCAAUAUCGUCCACGAUGUCCUGAACUAUGGUCCGAAUAAAAAUUAUAACUCGUUGUUCCUCAAGAUCCCACGAAUGGAUUUUAACAACUCAGAUUUUAAGGAAAUUUUCAAUUUCUCAUUUCUUACUUUGGCUUUCAUAAUUUGUAUCUAUGAAGCCCCUGCUGAUCUUAGGUCAACAUGUAUUAUUGCCCUGAAGAAUCAAUUUUCAUGUUCGCAAUCUAGAGAAGCAUCAAAAUUGCUCGUGAGGUUUUUGGGAUCGAAUAUUGAAGAGCAGUGGAUGCGUUCAGUAAAUCUAGCGAUAACUAAUUGGAUCCUGGAAAUACAUUCUUCUUCUAAUCAUCAUGAUCAUGCGAUGAAAACGCCAUGUCCAUUGUUUUCAUACUCAUUUUCGACACAGGGGCUAUGGAAAGUUCAGCUGUAUUGCCCUGUUAUUGCAAUGGAUGCCGAAACAUCUACUUGUAGUAGUUUAUCUGAUGAAAGUUUGAGGUUUUCUCUCAACUUUCAUCAGCUUGAAGGAGUGAUCCAAUUAAAUCAUAGAGUUAUUGUUCGAGAAAAGUGGAUUGAAGUAAUGGUGAACACCGAUAACAUUAGGUGUGAUGUUGUUAGGCUAGUGAAUGAAUCACUAAUGGCAGAGAGAGGAGCAGGGGUAUCAGAGAAGCAUUUCCCUUCAAGAAUCUCAUUGCAACUAACUCCAACACUUCAAUCCAAUGUGUUGAGCAUAUCAGUAAACAAGUCCUCUGACAAUCCCUUAAGAGAAAUUGGAACCGAAAAGACCAUUGAAGCAGGAUUCGAUCCACCAAACACUUACAUAGGCUUAAAAGUCUCCGCAGGAGAGACAGUUGUUACGACCAUGAAGCCGUGGAAAUUUGAGCAAUCUGUUAAUGGAGAUGGUGUAAAUUUGAAUUGGUUUCUUCAUGAUAGUGGAAAUGGAAGAGAGGUAUUUUCGUCGAAGCCUUCUGUUUUUUCAUUAAUUCAGCCAAAGGCUUGGUUCAAGAACAGAUAUUCAAGUGUUAAUAGGCCUUUUACUAAGCAAGGAGGGGUAAUUUUUGCUGGAGAUGAAUAUGGGGAAAGUGUGUGUUGGAAAGUGGACAAAAGGGCUAUAGGGAAAACAAUGGAAUGGGAAUUGAAAGGGAGACUUUGGUUAACAUAUUGGCCAAAUAAACAUAUAACUCCUUAUGCUGAGACUAGAAGAUUGGAAUUUAGAGAAGUUCUUCAUCUCAACCUUGCAUAGUAUGUGGAUAGACGGUCUAUGUUACAUCUUCUUGUUCAAGUGUGUAUAGGCUGCAUAACCUGCAUGAAUGCGGGAUGCUUCGUCUGUUGAGCUGGUCCUUUUAUUGAUUAUCAAAAUGUAUGUGUGUUGUAUAGUUAUAUUUGUUGUAUUGAUUGUCAAAAUGA